CGAAGCUGUCUGCGGUUGGGAUUUCGCCGCGAAAAUUCACGACCUUUCGUAACUUUUAUCUGUGUUUUCCUUCCGUCAUUAAUCUGUUACGUAAAACCAUAAUGACUUCUGCGAGGACAGCUGCGUCGUACUCUUCCCAAAAGAAUUGUUUCAUUGCAGAAUUACCGGAUAUUUCCCAAAUAUAAAGUUACUUGUGGAAUUCAAUUUAGGACGCCCUGUGGGCUUCGAUAUUCAAAGUGACCUCUACAUGCUCUAGGAAUCGCAUAAGAACAUGGCAUCUAGGUGUAUCGAAGCUCUGAAUGAGCUGGAUCAAAUAUCUGACAAAAUAUUCUACAAAUACUCUAAGAGCAAAAUGAAGGCUGAGAUAGAGGCCAAGUUACGGGCGUCUAGAUGCAGGACAGGUCGGCUUAGUGCACAAAGUGACGAUGCUACUUCGUCGAGUAUUGGCUCAAGAAACAGCUAUUACUGUACAAGACACUCACCAGCAUCCACAUCUACAAAAAGAAAUACAAAGUCUGCUUCUGUAGAUACAACAAAGCCCCAAAAGCAGGAUAGAGCUAGAACUACUCAAUCUUGCCCAGAGAAAUUGAAUUCUAAGAAAAAGUCCCCUAGAAGGAUUGAGACAAGUGCAGAGAAAAGUUCAGAGGAUGGUUCAAGUUGUAGAACUAAAUCACCUUCGGUUUAUGGGAAAUAUGUACCAGGACGAGAACAGCAUGAGCCUAAGCCAUGGUUCAACUUAAAAGAAGGCCUUGGUAAGGGUGUGAUCGACUCUUUUGCUUGUGAUGCUCAAAAAGAAAGAGCAUUGUGCUAUACUAUUGAUCAAAAGGAAGCCAAGCCUGUCCCUAAACUACUGAGACACAGACUUGAAGUUAGAAUUGGCUUGAAUGGUAAUGUCAAAGAAGAUGAAAGUAACAGGAACUCUGAUGUUAGUAGUGCAAAUGAGAAUGGAUCUGAUAAUAAACAGAAGUCACGUCCCGCCCCAUUAUCUUGGGAAGAGCAGUUAAACUGGCAGAAUGCAAUUAUUGUCUCUCCAAGGCGCCCCCCUGAAAAGAAAACUGAAGAUAAGGUUCAAUGUGAGACGAUUCCCGUAGUGUUCAAUCCACCUCCAAGUAAACCAAUCAUGAGCCGACAAAGUGGAUUGAAUCCAUCUACCUCGUAUCGCAUGAGCCUGGAGACGAAGCGGUUAGUCUCAGACCGAGGCAAUCUGACGUGCACCGAGAAAUGCAUAACAACAGUCGAACUUGAGGAUGUACGGGAAUUAGCAGCAACGAAACACAGAAAAGAGAAGCGCGCAUCUGAGCUCACCGAUGUCGAUAAAAUGGACAUGUCUACAACAAUUUAUAACAUGGACAGGCUUUACUCGAGUGAGUCGGCCCGCUCUGAUUGUGAGAAAGGGGUAGAUAGGAGUGGAAGCGCAUUGAGUAAAGUUGUGGAGGAGUCUCCAAGAACAGGGGAGGGUCUUCGUGAAAAAGAAGACUUGCCAAAAUAUGUCUUAGGUCCAGAUAUGGCUGAAAGGGUCAAUAAAAGAGUAAGCUUUGAAGAUCAACAAAAACAUAAAGCACAUGCUAGGAAAGGCUCGCUUCCUUCAAAGAACGAUCUCCAAAAAAGCAUCACCGACCAAUCGGACUUUACUAAAUUAACCAACCCAGUCGAGAAAAGAGCUAAUACUGCGGUUGAGAAUACGGCGGAUAGCCGCUGUACGCUGACAAGGCAGCGCCCGAAGUCUUCUCUUGAUCGAAUGCAGAUAGAAAGGAAAUCUGAACUGGUAGAAUUUAUGAAUCAACGCACUAAACGGCAAUCGCGGCCGUCCACAGCACCACCUUGCAGCCCACGAACCUCAAUACCACGAUCCUCAAUACCACGAUCUCCAAUUCACGUCCCCACUUCUGAAAGAGAAUUGACAAGUGCGUGCGAAUCAGACAUCGCCCUUACGGGCGAAUCAGCAUCAAAGACAUCUUUUGCCUUGGAGCCAAAACAGAUAGAAGAUGAAAACGAUUGUGCGGAAACAAAAACCGCGUCUUUUCCUAACCCUCCCCCACCGCGCGUGGCAGUCUCGUGUAAGUCCGCAACCGUCGCGCGAGUAACACCGCGGGCUAAAGAACUCGUGACUCGGUCCAAGUCUUCGUCGUCCAUGUCUACAGGGGGGCCGAUAGUGAUGUGCGCAGAGCCAAUAGAACUGCCGAAGAACAUGGCACCCGCUCAAGCUUUGUUAGAGCUGCGGAAAAAGAUUAGGGACGAUCUUGCACAGGAAACGGCCGAUCUACAGCUGGACAUUCAGCAACUUUACCUGAAACACCAUAACUACGACAGCAAGUGAAUCACAACACACAUGAGGCUGACUUGCAAGUCAUUAAACUGCAUGAAAUUAUAGUUUUAUUAAAUCUAUAACAAAGUGA